GCGUGAUGGGGCUUGUCCCGCUCUCGUUGCAGGAUGUUCGUGAAGCCGGAGAGCCUGGCGCGGAAGGCGGAGGGAGACCUGCUGCUGCUGGGCCCGGCCUCGCCCUGCUCCUCCUCGCUCGCCCCGCUCUCCUCCAGCUCCGAGGAAGAGGAGGACGAUGAACUCCAGGUGCCCUCGCCGGCCCGCCCGGCGGAGGAGCAGCCGGCGCGGCUGCAGCUGAGCCUCAGGCGGCACGAGUGCAAGCGGCGCCCCGGCCGGGCCCGGGCCGGCUCCCGGGGGACCAAGACAGCCGAGACGGUGCAGAGGAUCAAGAAGAGCCGGCGGCUGAAGGCCAACAACCGGGAGCGGAACCGCAUGCACAACCUGAACGCGGCCCUGGACGCGCUGCGCCAGGUGCUGCCCACCUUCCCCGAGGACGCCAAGCUCACCAAGAUCGAGACGCUGCGCUUCGCGCACAACUACAUCUGGGCGCUGAGCGAGACCCUGCGCCUGGCCGACCACUGCGCCGCCGGCCUGCCGGGAGCCCUCUUCCCCGAGGCCGUGCUGCUGAGCCCCGGGGGCGCGCCCGCCAGCACCGCCAGCAGCCCCUCGCCCGCCUCCUCCUGGAGCUGCACCAACAGCCCCCUGUCCUCCGCCGCCUCCUCCUACAGCGGCACUUUAUCGCCGGGCAGCUCCGCCUCGGACGUGGACUAUUGGCAGCCAGACAAGCCCCGCUACGCGCCGCCUCGCCCGCGGGCCAGGGACUUUCUCUAACCCCGCCCGGCCAGCAGCCCGCCUCGCCCCGGCCGCGCAGCCAGCCCGGGCCCCGCUGGCCGCGGGGGCGCUCGCCUAGUGCUGGUGCAACAAGGGGCGCGGGGGCUGGAGAGCGGGCGUCGUACCCGGGCAGGGCUGGAGAGAGGCGGGGGAAGAGCACAGGGGCUCUGACCCCCGCAGGAGAGCCUCGGGCAGAGACACACGAGGGGGGCGAACAAGUCGGACACGCUAAGGGGCUGCGGGCGCCGUGAAUCCGCUAAGGAAGCGCCCCCGCCUGAUGCGCUCUCGUCACCUUUGAUUCCUCGCUGACCUGUUAAUGGGUGACGGGAAAAGUACUUUCGCAGCUGAACUCUAGGGCCAGUAACAAUAUUAGCCACAGAUUUGCGAUGGCUGGCAUCUGCUCUCUUCCCAGUGCUGCCUCAAGGCUGUGGGAAUUUCACCUGUCAAACCAAACUUUUCCUCUCUGAUGUGCACUUUGUUCAGUUGCCCAGCUUCGGCACAAUGCGUUUUUGUCCCGUCCUUCUCUUCCUGCUCCCUCCCCCUAUUUUGCCAUCUGUCUCUUAUGAUUUAUAAGAGGGGAAAAGUUGUUUUGUUCGAGGCCCAGGUUAGAAGUCAUUGUAUAAUUUGUAGGCUUUGUAAUGAUUGAAUGCAA